AUGAUCGUUCGGCUGACGUGUUCAUGGGGCUGGCACAGAACCUUGGGAACGGCUGGUUUGAUCAUCAAGAUCUUGCAGAUGGCAGGCGUCGAGGUGGUCCUGUACUCCGCCCGCUUGUCGAUGGCCCCUGCGGUGGAUUCCAGCAAUGUCAUCGCUUUUCUUCAAGGGACUAUGCGAACCCUUUCGCAAAACAUGUAUGAUGACCUCACCGGGAAGGCUUGGACCGAUGAGGACUUCAACAAUGCCUUGGAAAGGGCUCGAAACCUGUGGAGAGAAGUGUACCCUGACUUGGGGAUUAGCUUUCGAGGAAAGUCGGUGAAUCCAACCCCCCCCGCGGGGCCUCCCCUGAAAGGGGCGCCUCGGGACAUUGGCCCGAUAGCCACAGCGUCAGGCUCAAGACCUCCUCCCAAGCCAACCCGCCCAGCCCCAAGCCCGCCAAAGGCGGCAUCAAAGCCAGCCACCGCCCCAAAGGCAGAGCCAGCCUCAGCCUCAGCCUCAAGUGUGAAGAAGGAGCCAUCCCCCAGCGCACCUGAGCCAGCCCCAAAGGUGGCAGAGCCAGCCUCAGCCUCAGCCUCAAGUGUGAAGAAGGAGCCAUCCCCCAGCGCACCUGAGCCAGCCCCAAAGGUGGCAGAGCCAGCCCCUGUCAAGGAGGAACAGAUCGGUAUGCCGCCAGGGCUUGUGGAUGAGCUCCAAGCCAUGACCCCAGCACAGAAGAAGGCCAGGUGCUAUUAG